UUGUUUUAUAAUUCAAAAUAUAAAAAAAAAAAUACAACAAAAAACCAUGUAAAAGUCAAAAUUAUUGUGAUAAGAUUGGCGUGAUAGCAGCGUGGGUUAAUUGAUUAAUUAUUUUGGCAUUUCGCGUUCUUCGAUCGAAGGAUUUCCAGUUCCGAGGAUGCAAAACAUCGCCGAAAUACCCGUCGCGAAUUCAAAAUUGGUUCGCGGAAACUUUCCAAAAAUUCGAUAUCGUGAUUAGUUAGUCUAAGGCUAUUUCUUUUGAUUUUUAAAUUAUUUUAUCAAAUAUUUUUACAAGGAGUAACAGCAACAAGAGGUGCAAGUGUAGUUCAUGACCAAGUGGGGCCCAGGCUGGUGGAAUAUUCGAUUUAAUCAUCCGGAGCAGUGUUCUUGUGAUUCAUACCCUAGCCACGUUGCUGUGAUCAAAAAAAAAAAAGAGAAAAAAGGGGAAUAGAUAUUCUUGUGGUAGUGAGAGUGCCUAGUUCUGUAGUGUUCGAGUCCUAGAACCAGUUUCGUAUAAGGAUUCCUAGUGCCAAUCCAGAAUGUCCAGAAAUAAGGCUGCCGCGGUCAGCGCCUUCCGGCUGCUCCUGCGUCCAUCGACCGCUCCGCGCAACCGGAAUCUCCUCGCCCUGCGCCUGGCUCCUGUGACGACCUUUGCCCUGCACCUACGACCAGGACACGAGAUGCAGCAGCACAGAAGCUACGCGUCCUCAGCGCAGGACGACGAGACGAAAGGCGGCCAAAAGUCGGACAAGCACCAAAAGCAACUGGAGACAGGAGAUAUCACGCGACUCACGCUGACCGAGCUGAGGACGCGGCUAAGAGCCCUCGGACUGAGUGCAACGGGCCGCAAACAGACGUUAGUCGAACGGCUCACAAACGUGGCCCAAAACGGUGCAGCGGCAACAACAAGGACGACAACAAAAACAGAUUCCAAUUUGUCGUCGGCGAAGGGACUCGUAAAUAAUUCCUACACGACUUCUGCCCCCAAAGACACAGUCCAGCAUAAUGAAGACAUUUUUGUGGAGUAUGUGAACGGCAUGCCCCACAUGACUGUCAGGCUACCCAGUCGCAAUGAACUCUGCCAGUUCGCCUUGAAGCCCAUCACCCACAACGUGGGCGACCUGCUGGCCAUGCUUAGAGCUGAGGAUCGCGGCAUAGACCGUGCUGCGGUCAUCAAUAAGCAUGGAGUGCGAAUCGCUUCGUCCUGCUCUAUUGACAGCCUUCUGGAUGACUCCUUCAGCAUACAAAUAAACAACCGUACAUUGGAAGUGAAUCCCCCCAAACGUGACAAAAUCACAAUAGAGUCCAUGGACAAAGUUGGGGAUGUUCGCAAAGUUAUUGCUCAGCUGUAUGAGGCGUUUAAUGUGGGCGAGUAUCAGUUGGAGAAAAGCAAUCAGCUAGCCAAGGAGCUGGAGAGCUUACGCUACGAAUUGGAGCCGCUUGAAGAGAAAAAACUGGAACUUAGCAAAAAAGCCGCUCGUCGGACCAACUUUAUGACUUGGAUGGGUCUGGGCUUGAUGUCCGUGCAGUUUGGCAUCUUGGCGCGCCUCACCUGGUGGGAAUACUCUUGGGAUAUUAUGGAGCCGGUUACCUAUUUUGUUACGUACGGCACGACAAUGGCAAUGUAUGCCUACUAUUGUGUAACCAAGAAGGAGUACAUGAUGGAGCAUGUGAAGAAUCGCGAGUACUCGCUGACGCUCUACAGGAACGCCAAGAAGGUCCAGUUUGAUGUGGAGCACUACAAUGAGCUUAAGCGGAAGUCGGCGGAACUGGAGUACAAUCUAAGAAGGAUCAACGAUCCGCUCAACAUGCAACUGCCAUCGCAUUUGGUGCGCACUCAGGAGAACACGCCACCAACCCAAACCGAGGAGCGGAAGUGUACUUAAGGACUUCGUGGCAAUCAGUUGCGAGAAAAGGAUAAUCGAAACUCAAUCCUAAAUUUAGCUCUUUCGUGAAUUAGAUAAACAAAAAAUAAAUGUCGCCCCUUUCUUAGCUAAAGACGUUCAGGUGAUCGAAAUGUUGAAUGUCAACUUUCGAGCGGAUUUUAUGUACGCAUCACAUGUUGUGUAAACUUUUAGUUUUUGUCCUUGUGUUAACUAAACUGUUUUAGUUUCUUAUUUUAUGUUUAAUUAGCGUAAGCCCAAGUCGGACGACUCAAACAAACGCACAAGUUCUAUCUGACGCCGGCUGUUUUCAACUGACAACCCUAAUUUAUGUUUAAUUUUAAAUUAUUUAUUGGAAGCGAGAUAUUUGUUUAAGCCUAAGGCAGUUUUUGUGUGUGCAAAGUUUUAGAAAAAUAUAUGAAUUAUUUAUUGAAAAUAAUUUUCCUUUGAGUUUCAUCAGUUUUCCUUUUUUAUUUUAAAAAGUUUUCCAAAACAUAAAACCAUUACCAUUAAGACGUAGAAUGUAAAGCAUACGUUUUGGUCGAAAACUAGGAAACUGUUAUAAAUUUUGACCCAGGGAACUGCUUAAAUGCUUUUAGGCGGCCCCGGCUAUAAGAAGAAAGGAAUUAUUUCUAGAAAGCAUAGAUAUUAUCUAGUAACCAGAACCCAUUAAAAACACUACGCGGGUGCUUGGUCCCUGACUGUCCGAGGUCCAAUCUGUCAGCGACUCAGAGGUCCUUGCAACCGCGAACUCAUCCAGUGAAGUCUACUAACUCUCCAUAAGCUUUAAUAUACUCGAACCACUACCUACUGAAAACAUCUAGAACGAAUCAAUUUGUAAAUAAAACGCACCAACUAAUCCAUUAAGAUUUUAGCAACGGAAUUAAACAAUUUCACCGGUACAUCGUAGUUAGUAAAGUUAAUGAAAUCCUAAGCGUAAUUUGUAGGUAUGAUAGGUAUGUAAAUAUAUAUAAACUGCUGUGUUUCAUGACAACGUAAACGAUAUGUAAGGUCACCGACAUUACUGAGGAAACUAAGCUUACCAUUAGUUUAGAGAAGGAAUCGGCAUUGCCCAGGCAGUGGGCACCUAAAAUUUAACCCGUACUACGCUUUUCUUCCGAACUCUACCAACCUAUAUACUAUACUCUUGGAACUUACAUUUAGAAUUGUCAAAGGUUGUGUUGAGAACUGUUUGCCUGUGCUACGAACCCAAUCCUAGAAACUAUUAAUCUCUACUAAUUCAACACAGCUGCAUCGCUGCACACGAUACGAUUGCACACAUGGUUCACAUAAAUCGCACACUAACUCUAAUCGCCAUUCGGAAUGAUUAACUCUAGCCUAAGCAUUUACCUACGCGUACUUAUAAUACUUUAACGACAUUUGUGAUUCAAUUUCAAAUUAUAAAGUGAAAUUAUUUACUGUACAAAGAGAUCAUAUUGUUAAUCAAACUAAACUUUGAAAGUAUUUGCCUAACCCAAGUCCCAACUAAAGUUUGCGUUUAUCUAAUUAC